UCUAAUUAAUUACACCGAUUCCCAUUCUCAAAUCUUCUCUAAUUUCUCUAUACCCAUAUUGGGGUGUUGGAAGUUUUACUUUCUUUUUCUACCUUCUUUCCUUUUCUCUUCCUCAUUGGACGAAGACCCGUUACCAAGAGCUUCGUCUAGGAAAAGAAAAAGACCAAAAUUUUCAACCCCCUUUCUUUCUUUGUACUUCUUACAGAAAUUUUGAAAAGAAAACAUAAAACAUUGGGGAGGGAAGAAGACAAAGAGAAGAUUUGAGGGUGACCAUAAAAAACAGACAAGAUGAACGAUCUAUUCUCGAAUUCGUUCAAGAAGUACACGGAUCUGAAGCAGCAGGCGUACCUGGACAGCAUGGAGGCUGGGAAUGAGAGCGUGAAUUUGGACAGAUUCUUCGAGGAUGUCGAGAAUGUUAAGGAGGACAUGCGGCAGGUUGAGAGUCUGUACAAGAAAUUGCAGCAGGCCAACGAGGAGUGCAAGAUUGUGCACAAUGCCAAGACCAUGAAGGAGCUCAGGGCCAGAAUGGAGGCCGAUGUAGCCCAGGUUCUCAAACGAGUCAAAUUGGUCAAGGGGAAGCUCGAAGCUCUCGAGCGCUCCAAUGCCGCCCACCGGAACCUCCCCGGCUGUGGCCCCGGCUCCUCCGCCGACCGCACCCGCACCUCCGUCGUCAGCGGCUUGGGCAAGAAACUCAAAGACGUCAUGGACGAUUUCCAGGGCCUCCGAGCUCGGAUGAAUGCCGAGUACAAAGAAACCGUCGAGCGAAGGUACUUCACGGUGACGGGGCAGAAAGCGAACGAGGAGACAAUAGAGAAUUUGAUAUCGAGCGGGGAGAGCGAGAGCUUCCUGCAGAAGGCGAUCCAAGAACAGGGGAGGGGCCAGAUAAUGGACACCAUAUCAGAGAUUCAGGAGCGACACGACGCUGUGAAGGAGAUAGAGAAGAAUUUGAUAGAGCUGCAUCAGAUAUUCUUGGACAUGGCGGCUCUGGUGGAGGCCCAGGGCCACCAGCUGAACGACAUCGAGAGCCAUGUCGCGCAUGCCAACUCCUUCGUCAGAAGAGGAACAGAGCAGCUUCAGGAGGCCAGAGAGUACCAGAAGAGCUCCAGAAAGUGGACUUGUUAUGCAGUCAUUUUGGGCAUCAUUCUCGUCAUCAUCCUCCUCUUCCCAAUCUUGACUUCGGUUUUACCUCACUUGUUGAAGUAGAAGCUUUGUUUUUUUUGCAAAUAUCGCUUCUGGUUUCCACUGCCCCAAAUGCCCCAACGCACGACAACAAAGAACAGAGGAGAGCAGAGGAAGAUUAGAACGAGAGAUUUUUAUUUGAUUUUAUUCAUUUCUAAGUGGCGUUCUUCUGAGGAUGUGUUGCUCUUGGUACAUAGCUGUAAAUGUUUCAUAGAGAAUUUGCUUUCAAUUGGUUUCUGAAAGUACUUUCAAUUUGGGACGUCCUCUUAGUUGCUCAAAAUUUGUACAGCCAAAAGAUCCAAUACAAAAUUUCACUUCAUUUAUUUCAUCA